AUGACGCCGGCGGAGCGACUCCGGAAGCACCAGCGCGCACUGGAAAAGACGCAACGAGAACUCGACCGCGAGCGCGUCAAACUUGAAAACCAAGAGAAGAAACUGGUCGCCGAUAUCAAGAAGAGCGCAAAGAAUGGCCAGAUUGGGGCCUGCAAGAUCCAGGCCAAGGACCUCGUUCGCACUCGGAGAUAUAUCCAGAAGUUCUAUCAAAUGCGGACUCAAUUACAGGCUAUCUCUCUACGAAUACAGACCGUACGGAGUAACGAGCAGAUGAUGCAGUCGAUGAAAGGAGCGACGAUGCUUCUGGGAAGUAUGAAUAGACAAAUGAAUCUGCCCGCGCUUCAAAGGAUCGCUAUGGAGUUCGAGCGGGAGAACGAUAUCAUGGACCAGCGACAGGAAAUGAUGGAUGAUGCCAUUGAUGAUGUGACGGGUUUGGAGGACGAAGAAGAAGGAGAAGAGGUUGUCAAUCAGGUCCUGGACGAGAUCGGCGUGGAUCUCAACAAUGCUCUUGGGGAGACGCCAACUGGCAUACAAAAGGCUGCGGUUCCUGAAGGCCGAGUUGCCCAAGCUAUAGGCGGAGGAGCCGAGGACGAUGAUUUACAGGCUCGACUCGACAGUUUGCGACGAUAG